AUGCGCGCGCGUCGACGCGGGCGCUCGAUCGCGCGCGCGGCGCUCGUCGCGUGCGCGAUCGCGACGCUCGGCGCGCGGACGGUGGACGGACGACGCGCGCGCGCGAGCGGACGCGCGAGCGAUGGAUCGAUGGAAUUCACGAUUGAGCUCGCGCAGCGGUACGAGGGCGACGUCACGCGCGCGCGAGCGGUGAUCAAGGGACCGGAGACGGACGUGCGGUUAGUCGUGCACGAAUUGGGGGGGAUGGGGUGCGAGCGUGCGCGCGUGGGGGGGGUGUAUGACCCAGACGAAGCGCGCGCCGCGGGCGGUUCAGCGGUCGGAGACGUGAGCGCGCGGGCGAAAGUACCCGUGCGAUCGAGCGCGAGCGGGACGACGAAUGCCUUUGUGAUCAGAGAUUUGCCUCUGAUGGGACGACGGAGCGUGGUGGGGCGCACGCUCGUGGUUUGGCGGGGCGGCGACGACGGACACACGGGUGGGACGACGCCGCUGGCGUGCGGACGCAUUGAGGCGGACGGCGACGAGGGCGUGGUGAACGCGCAGGCGACGCUCGGAACGGCGUUAAGUAGAAUAUCUGGAGUGGUGACGAUGAUGCAGGCGGCGGACGAUCCGACGGCGGACACGUGGGUGACCGUGCAGUUGGUCAACCGGGCGCAGGCGGACGCGGCGCCUGAACGGUUUCGAUGGGGGAUUUACUCCGGUUCGGUCGGCGUUGGGUCGUCGUGCUCGAAAGUGGGGGCGGUGUUCAAUCCAUUCGAUAAGGAUUUGUGCGCCGCGGACGUCGACCGUGACGAUGUACUCGCUGAGAGCUGUCCUGUCGGCCAACUGUCUGCGCGACAGAGCGAGGUGUUCUCCCAGAAGAUCCUUCAGUUCACCGACGGCAAUCUGCCUCUAAGUGGCGAUGUAUCGGUGGUUGGUAAGUCGUUCGUCGUUCUCGAGCAAAACGGCGACGAGUUCGUGAAGAUUCUGUGCAGCGACAUUUCGCUCGCCAAGGGGUCGACUGGAAACAGUCGCAUCAUGGUGGCAAAAGUAUCCACGCUCGCGCAGUUCGGCAUGUUGACGCUGCUCUUACUUUCAUUUCUGGCCGCUCUUCGCUAUUACAGCAAUGCCAAGGGGACGCAACGCGGAAAUUUCGCUCGCGUAAACGAAGACUUUGACGACAUUCCACUCACGACUGCGUCGCCGUUCACUCUCGGCGACGACAACGUUGGAUUCGUGUCGAAGGCAUCGUCACUAUUCAGGGGUAUCUCGUCGAAGCAAAACGCGCACACACAUAGUUCUUAG